UAACGCCCAAUAUGCAAAGCUACAAAUCUAAAGACAAAAGAAAACAAGAAAAAGAAAAAUAAAUAAAUAGAAGAAAGAAAAAAUAACGUGCAAUCCACAUGAACAUACGUGGAGUUCCACAAAGGCAAAAAUGUCCAUUUCUUUUGCUUAAUCCAUCUCUCUUCCUCUUGCUUUGGACCACACACACCACCGGCCUGCCAAGAAAAACCCAGCUACAACCUCACAACUCAACUGUAUUAACGAAUUAUUAAAUCUUCUCUUACCAGCAAAACCCACUUCAUUUCCCUCUCUCUCUCUCCCUCUCCUCCUACUUGUACUAUAUAUUACUCAAAACAUAUACUCUUGUCUGUUAUAUAUUAAUCAUGUCUGCCUCCGUUCAAGAUUUAGAAUCUCUGCUUCCAUCUCAGUUUCUUGACUUGAGUACGAUUGUUGGCACAGAGUGUAGUGAAGAGGAUGAUUUCUUGUACUGCUUGACACUUGCUGCCGAUACCAAGAAGAAUUGGGUAAUGGGUGGAUCGCCAGAAUCUGUACUGGGCGGAAUCGGAAGUUGGUCGUUGUCGCCUCCAACGACUCCGUUUGGGACUAGAAAUGAUACAUGGGAUGAUCCAUUUUAUACAGUUGCUGAUCAUAUUGCGAGGUUAAAGAUAAACAAGAACUGUAACUGUCGGGAUCAGAAGGGAUUGCUGCGUCCUGCAAGGAUCCAGAAUCAAGAAACAGUAGUGAGAAAUCAAAGUUUUGGUCACAGUUCUUGGCAGUUAAAUCAGUACCAGCAGCAGCAUCAAGUGAAGCUAAACCACAAGUGCUCUUCAGUUUGGGGAAAGCAGCAAGCAAAGGCAACUGGCUGGCAUGUUCACCCCCAGCCCCACAACCAACAAAUCCAGAGCAGAGGAACAAGUAAUGUAGGGCGUCCUCUAGGUCUGCCUCAGUCUUCUUGGCCACCUCUGCAACCAAAUAAUAAACACCAUCAACAGUCUAGUGCAGGCACCAGAGCUCUUUCGGUCAAUGGAACUGGUGUUAAACGAGAGUGCGUUGGCACUGGGGUUUUCUUGCCUCGCAGAUAUGGCAAUGACACCACUGAUCACAGAAAGACAUCCGCUUGCAUUUCAGUUCUGCAUACAGCAAAGCAUGUCGAUGCUCUGAAAUUGAACCUUGAGGACGUGAACAUGCAGGGCAAUCCCCAAUCACGUUUUAACAUUGAUCUUGCCUCUGAUUACGAUGCUUGGAUAGCAAAAAGAAAUACCCUUUUGGCCCAGCAAAAGAGGAAGUUAAAUCCUGAUCAAUGUGUACUCACUCAUGAAAUACAAUUGCCUCAAGAGUGGAUAUAUUGAUCAAUAAGUGACUCCAAGAAUACAAGAAAGGAAGUUUAGAGGAAGAAGAUUCUAUAGACUCUUAGUAAUGUUGAUUAAUUUAAUUUUCCAAGUAGGAAUUUCAAGAGUGUUAGCUUACAGCAAAGCAAUAAGAAAGUCCUGGUUUUUUUCAUGGGAUUAAUUUGCUUCAGUUUUCAAGAAAAUAUAGGAAGAUAAGUGGCAAUAGAGUGAGAGUUUGGAUUUCUUUUUUUCUUUUUUGUAAGAGUAGUACUAAUAAGUGGGUUAUGUUGUCAAAGUAUUCUUUCAAUGAUUUCUUAAUGAUAUUUAUUAGGGAGGAUUUAUAUUUUUAA